AUGACCACCCACGCCCACGCCCACGCCCACGCCCACGCCCACACCACGCCCCGAUCCCGCCUCAAAAAGCCGACGACCCCCGCGCACACGCACGUCUACCCGCGCGCGCAGCAAGCGGCCGCCAUCGACCUGCGACUGCGGGGGCUGCACCCACGGGACAUCUGGCACCAGACGGGGGUCCCGCCGGCGGCCCAGAAGGCCAUUCUGCUGCACUACCUCGUCAAGAAGCGGGAGCGCGCUGAGAGGGGGUAUAGGCGCUUGCGGGUGCUGUUUAAGAAGAUGGUGCGGGGAGGGGGGAGUUGGUAG